CUUUGUGAUUGCGAUGAGUUAUAAGUUUCAAGUACCUGCCCUUUUCACACUAUACCCUAUUCCGACCGCAUUAUUGCUCCUACCCAGCCUCUGCUUUUCACCGUCAUAUAAUACACCAUCGCAGAACUUCAUAUUUGACCGACGAUGAUCCGGACAAGCUAGGCCGCUCUCCGCCAAAGACCACCAUAGGAAUCGCUGAUACCCCAGAUUACCUGCCGCAAUGUGGCGGGACCGCACGAACCUAUAUAUCUCCUACCGUCAAUCAUUCACGCACCACCCAGCCAAGAAGCCACGUUAUAUCGGGCCGUCCAAUGGCUUCACCGACACACCCUCACAAUCCGAAGAGAGUCGCAGACUAAUAUCUGACUCCGGCGGCUUAGAAGAUGACGGCGAUGCGAUCAUUGAGAUGGAUCUCCUGCCCCCGCGGUGGGUCGACGUUCAAGACGAGGUGACCGAGUUGCUCGCGGACAUUGCGCAAAAGUCGGCACAGCUGGACAAGCUACACCAGAAGCAUCUGCUACCGGGCUUCGGCGACGAGGAUGUAAGGAAGCAGGAUGAGCGAAUGAUCGAACGACUCACGCAGGAUAUAACUCGUGGGUUCCAUGAGUGUCAGAAAGCGGUUCAGAGAAUCGAAGUGAUGGUGCGCGAGGCCAAGCAACAGGGCGGAGUGAGUGCAGGGGACGAGACCAUGGCGAAGAAUAUCCAGAUAUCCUUGGCUUCCAGGGUACAAGAGGCUAGUGCUCGGUUUAGGAAGAAGCAGAGCACCUAUCUGAAGAAAUUACGAGGGCUUGAAGGUGCCGCUGCGCCUUUUGACCGUGCUCCGACGCCACAGAAUCCCUACAUGGAUCCUUCAUUAAUGGAAUCCGACGCCGACAAGUCUUUUUCUCAGUCGACUCUCAUGCAAACGUCACAGCGACUCACCGGCCAACAUGACGAAGCCAUUGAGCAACGAGAGCGGGAGAUCAACGACAUCGCAAAGAGCAUCAUUGAGUUGUCAGACAUCUUUCGUGAACUACAAGCGAUGGUCAUCGAUCAGGGGACCAUGCUGGACCGGAUAGAUUAUAAUAUCGAACGGAUGGGUACUGAGGUCAAGGCAGCCGAGAAGGAGCUGAAAGUGGCCACCAACUACCAACGGCGAACGACAAAACGCAAAAUCCUCCUUCUUCUUAUCAUCCUGGUUGCAGGGAUGAUCAUCCUACUAAUAGUCAAACCAAAGAGUCAUAGCUCACCAGCUCCUACACCGUCCCCUCCCCCACCCGCCGAACAGCCGCCAGCUGAGCAGCCACCGAGUCUUUUCCCUCGAACUUCCACAUCUGUCUAUCGUCGAAAGAGGCGUCCGUUUCCGAUUCAGUCUUCAGAGGACAAGUUGUUCGAACCAGGUAUAAAUGGGUAGUCGUACUUGACAGAUACGGUUAUGACAAGAAAUAAUGCAUAAUAUCACCAUCUAUAGCGCCUUCAGGAAGCGGUGAUCAGAUAAGGUCUAGUUUUGUAAUUUACCUAGGCCCAUCGC